GGGAAGGUUCAUUCAUUCUGUGUUUUCCUCGUGACCGCGACGGUCGACGGUGUGCGAAAUCUUCUUUCUGGGGAGAUUUUAAAAAGGUUUUUUUUUUCCUGUCUAAUUUGCGCACUCACUGUGGUGACGUUUCGCUGUGGGGAAAAGCAGUAUUUUUCCACAUUUGCCGGAAAAUUAAAACGGGAAAAGUAGAAAUCUUGGGUGUUGCAGUUUGUCAAGUUCUCCUCUCGCAGUGUGCCAUUGCUGGAAAUUGCAAUCUUGGCAAGAGGAUUUGGGAAGUGUUUCAGUGUGCAGUGGAACGAAAUGAAAUAAAAAAAAAAAAUAAAAGCAAAAAAUAAGACGUGGAUAAAUGAGAAUUGCGAAAUUGCCUUCGUUUUCUUUCGGAAGUGUGCUAAAAUAUUACCUAAUUUUGCGUUAAAUUGAAAAAAUCGUAAACAGUGCGUAGUAAGCGAUUGGAAUAAUAAUAAACAAAACAAAAAGAAGCCAAAUUAAGGUGCGCAAGCAAAAAAGAUUCACAAUAAUCAAAGUGUGACAGGUGAAGUGUUUUUUUUUAUUGUGGUCAGCAGGCUCUGCUGACACCAGGGGAAAACGGAAAAUUGAUUUUCUCUGCCUACUGCUGAGGCAGCUGCUUGCUAGCUUGGCUGGAAGAGCCGCCGAACGGGACCUGCUGUCUGUGUACCGUAUGGGAGCAGUUGUUGGAUCGAUACGGGUUUUGGCAUUGACUGGUGCGUGUUACUACGGACGGGUUUUUUUUCUUCGGACGCAGAUUUUGGAUUAAUUGAAGCUGUGUACGAGACGUUACGGUUGGCGUGUUCUAAGUGUGCUAAGUGGUGAGAAGAAUUCUGGCUAAAAUGUGUCUACUUAGUUGGGCCAAGUGCGGUAAUAUUUUGUGUUAAUGUUCCUAUCGCGGUGGACCGAACAGGUCGUUGUCAAGUGAGUUGUGUGUGAGAGAGAGAAGCCAAGUCUUCAACAAAAUUUAGGAAAAAAUCAGUGUUCCCGAAAAUGCCGGUCGUUCUGAACGGAUCGAUUCCGUUGCCCAGCAUCCGGGUGUACACCAGUGCCAGCAUCCUGCUGGUUUCGAUAUGUCUGUAUUACGCGUGUUCCGUAACUAGUGAUCCCUUCUGGAGGCAGCAAAGCAAUGCCACCGCAGCGGCGGCCCCUACAAUCCUGGCCGCCGGAACGGCCACCGCUGGGGCAGCUGGUGAAGCGGCCGCUGGAGCAGCAGCGGCCGGACCAGCAGCCGCAGGUGGCGUCCCCGGCGUCAAGCUGGACUCGGUGCUGACGGUGAAGGAGAUUGACGAUCUGGAGGAGAAGAUCCUGGCGGCGACCGACGCCGACCUGCAGCGGAUGAUGGCCGAUGAGGCCGAGCUGCUGGAGAGUGCCGUCGCGAACGAUUCCCGCUCGAUCGGGGCGCACCUGAAGGACAUUGCGUCCUUCAUGGGCAGCGAGCCGGUGUGCAUUUGGACACUAAUCAACAUGGCGUAUUGCUGCUUGAUUUUGCUCGGGAAAUCCAUCCAGAAGGUCGUCUUCGGGGAGCUGCGAAUAUCUGAGCAACAGCACAUGAAGGACAAAUUUUGGAACUUUAUCUUCUACAAGUUCAUCUUUGUGUUUGGCGUCGUCAACGUGCAGUACCUUCACGAGGUCAUCCUAUGGGUGUCAUGGUUCUCCGUCCUUGGGUUCCUCCACCUUCUGUCGCAGCUGUCCAAGGAUCGCUUCGAAUACCUGUCCUUCUCGCCGACGACCCCGGGAUGGUCCCACCACUUCCGGCUGAUCGCGCUCCUGUCCGCGAUCCUGACCCUGUCCGGCUUCAUGCUGAUCGUCUCGAUCGGAGUAGGCGUCUUCGUCAGUGGCGUCAACACGUUCGCCUUUAUGGCCGCCGAGUGCGUUUUACUAUCGAUCCGGACCCUGCAUGUGCUGAUCCGGUACGCGAUGUUCCUGUAUGAUAUGCGCCAGGGAGGAAUCACCCACGAGUCCAUUUCAUGGGACAAGCGGGGCCCGGUGGCGUACUACAUCGAGCUGUCGUUCGAGGUGGCCGCCCUGGUCAUCGACUUUGGCCACCAUCUGCACAUGUUGCUGUGGAGCAAUAUCUUCCUGUCGAUGGCCAGUCUGGUGAUCAUUAUGCAGUUGCGCUACCUGAUCAACGAGAUUCAGCGCAAGUUCAAGAAACAUCGGAAUUAUCUGUGGGUGCUGAACCACAUGGAGAAGAGCUACCCGCUGGCGACGGUGGACGACCUGAAGCAAAACUCGGACAACUGUGCCAUCUGCUGGGAGAAGAUGGAGACGGCCCGGAAGCUGCCCUGCUCGCAUCUGUUUCACAACUCCUGUCUUCAGUCGUGGCUCGAGCAGGACACGAGCUGCCCGACCUGUCGGCUGGGACUGAGCGUACACCAGAACAACAGCAACAUCCUGCAGAACGAGAUCCGCAUUGACGAUGCGGAACCGGCAGGCCGAACCGCCAACAACCACUUCUUCCACUUUAACGGCUCGCGGUACGUGUCGUGGCUGCCCAAUUUCUCCGUCGAGGUGACGCACAUCAACUCGGUGCUGCGUACGGAGUCGCUGCUGCGCGAGGCCACCACCGCCAACCACACGUCCCAGAUCCGGAACAUGGCCCGGGACGUGCAGGAGAUGUUCCCGCGCUUUCCGCUGUCCACGCUGAUCGCCGACCUGACGAUUUCCCGCUCGAUGGAGGUGACCAUCGAUAACAUACUCGAGGGACGUCUGCAGGUGCCGGCACGGUUCCAAGAAUUUGACGAACUGCUCGAAGACGAGCCGAACACGACGACCACGAACACGUCUACGACGACAACGCCCGUGACCACACCGAGCGAUCCUAGUUUAAGCAACAGCCAUAGCUUCAACGGUAGCAGUCAGGCCGCUGGACCGGUCUCGGCCUUCCCCGCCAUCACCGCCAACGAUUACUACGUCAACGCGGACGAGUUCAACCCGAGUGGCCACUACGGAACGAAUCCGUCCUCCUCGUCGACCUCGUCCUCGCCAGGUGGAAGCAGCAGUGGCUACGAGGUCGAGCGAAGUACCAACAUCUUUGGAAACUUUGACAACCUGCUGCGGGACGACAGCACCGACGACAUUCCCCUCGGGGAGCGCUUCUCGAAAAGCUCGGAAGAGCGGGAACGAAUUCUACAGCGGCGCAAGGAACAGCUGCUGCUGAUCGCGAGGAGAAGAUAUCUCGAAAAGAACAAAUCCGAACUGAACCAGUCCUCGCCGGUGGCCGGCUACAGCCAAGGGGACGCCAUCCGGCAUCGAAACAAGAGCUGCAUGGACGAAGUCGUGCCGCCAUCCUCCUCCUCCUCGACAGAGCCAUCCACUUCCGCAUCCAGUGAGCACGUGCACCAAGAGCAACUGCGGCCAAAUUAAGCUAUCCUCCUCCUGCUCCUACUCCUCCUCCACUUCCCUCCUCUAUAACUCUAUCAAGAAAAAAAACUAGGGCAGAACAUGUGAUCAUUAUCAAGUAGAAUACUGUAAUGCAUGUAGCGAAAGCAACAACAGAACAAACUUGUAACAAAAAUAACAAAACACAACAUUAACAGAAGGGCAAGCUGCGUAGAACAGAAACAGUAUCGACUUAGUGAACAUUAAGGAAAGCAAGCAAAAAUAUAAAAAAAAGAGAGAGAGGUAAGAUUUUAGUGUGCUCAGCUCGUUGGAUUGAAUCUGCUAAAUAAUACAUACUAGAGCAAAAGGCUUAGAAGAAAGAUCGUGGUCAAACGACAGUCAAAAAAAGAAAGCUAGAGCAAAAUGAACUGCAAGCGUUGUGAUGUUAUUUAUUUAUAUAUCGUAAUGUAAUGUGUAGCAAAGGAAAAAAAAA